CCUAAUUUGUGAAUACAAAACAUCUCCCAAAUGACCUUUUUUGUCCUUCCUUCUAAUUUUUAUCAGUACUGCCUGGGGGUUUACAAGUAAUUUGACAAGCAUCUUGGAUCAUCCACGACAAAACGGGUACCGACCCGUUCCAAAAAACAACUUCAACACACUUAACUUCCCGUUGGAUCCGGAAAAAAAACGGGCGCUCCGGUUUAGCGUAGCAGUUUACACGCUCCUCUCUUUCAAAUUCAAUUCUGAAACUGCUCCAUUUUUCAAGCCUUUUACUGCGGCGUCAAACUAAAGCAUGGGUUUUCAAACGCAGUUCUUUUGGCAGACGGAUUUUGAACAUGGUUUACAUCCAUUUGGCUCCUAAGUUAUUGAAUCUGAACCGCACGUAUAAGCAUCAAUUCACGGAUUUGUUGUACGGACGCUGCAGGCAUCGAGAUUUUCAGUGAAGGACUUGGGGACACGUAUCACAAAGAUAAUAAAGAGAAUCCUGCUCUAAAUGAUGAUUGUCUCCCAGAAGGGAGUUGGUGUAACUGUUCCGGUGAGAAGGGCAAUUUCUGAUUUUAUCAUCUCAUCACUUAUGUUAGAUGCAGUGAAACUAUGCACGGUUUUCUGCCUGCGUCGAUAAAUGUUCUGUAGCUUGAGUAUUCUGAUCCCCCGUAGCUUGUGUCAAGAAUUUGGUCUGUUGCGAAGAAACUCCACCAUUCGUAGAUUUAUGCACCGCUGAUGAAAAUGAUCCUGAAUACCCAGCUGCUUGAGGCUUCAUGAACCUCUUGAUCAGUUGUUCUGACCAUUGGCCUGAUAAUAAACUCUUUGCUAAGUUGCCCAAAUGGUUAUAGCGUCCAACCUUUCAAAAUCCAGGAAAGAAACAGUUGAUGCGUUUUGGUAGGGGACCUGCAAUUAGACUUUGUUGCAGGGACAAAAUAUCAAUUUGAGAAAUGUCAAAAAUAUAAUAAGCAAAACAUGUUCGAAUUCUAGCUCUCCAUUUCAAUCUAACAGUGAGCUUCAAGACAAUGAUGCUAGACCAAGAUCAAUCUAACAGUGAGCCACAUGCCACUUCAAGUAUACAUGGCAACAAAGCUUUUCCUACCAUUAAUCUUAAGACAAAAUUCUUUGCUGCUUACAAUCAAGAAAGCUCAUAUUUGUGACUGUGAAAGCAAAAACCAUUCAAGAAACAAGCUGGUAGUACUACAGUUGCCCAGAUUGUUCGGAAAAAAUGGCUUUUCAGGAUGGCAAGUACAAGUGUUCUGGUUGCCCAAAAGGCCUACCUGUUACCGAGAAAAGGUUGUGCCCUUGCAUUGUCUCGGACUGAUUAUAUUCUUCGCUUUUAUACUUAUGAUAGUAGCCUUCUUUAUAUGCUUUCAUGUGCUGAACUUUCAGAUACAGAAUUCUCAUUCUUGGAGAAGAUGCUACAGAGGCCUGCAAAGAGGUUGAUUGGAUCCAGUGCAACAAAACUCAUUGCAAAUAUGCCAUGGGAUCUUAAGACGGAGUUGCUUAUUUCUGAGGAUAAUAUCAACUUAAGUAGUCGAUUCUACUUUGCUACAGGCGCCUAUGAGGCUGGGAUUGCAACUCCAACUAUGUCUGAAGCCACUGUGGGUGCCUAUGAGGCUGGGAUUGCAACUCCAACUAUGUCUGAAGCAGUUGUUGAUUCUCUAGCUGAAGUUAUCUAGAUCGCCGCAUUGGAGGUCAGUUGUUUCUCUUCUUUCCCUUUGUCUUUAUUAUCAUUUUCAUUUUGUUUUCCUUGGUGGAUCUGUGCAAACUGCGGGAACAAUGCCUUCUUUUUUUUUUUGCUUUAUGGAACAAUGUUUAUUGUACAUUACCUAGGAAUUUCUGUACCGCAUCACAGGUAAUAUAGCAGGCACAAUAGUGAUAUACUCAAACUAUUUGUUUUGAGGAUUGAACUUGACUAUUGAACUUCUAAAAUAGUUCUGUUUCCAUUUAUGUUUGAACUUUAUUUAUAUGAAUUCCAUUGGAAGGGAUGACCAGGUCUAACUUUACAAAUAUAGAGAGUACUUUGUAAUUUUAGAUAAAAAUUUGCAACUGUAUUCAUAGAUAUGUGAAAGAGUUUGAUUAAGGAAAACAAUAAUAAGCACCUGAAUUUGAAAGUUGUCCGUAAAGGAGCAGGUAAGGUAAAUCUGAGACUGACUUGAGUCCAUAAGAAGAUAUGGUAUUGCUGGUACUGUGUAGUUCCGCUUCUUAUGAAUAUAUGAGUGUCCUGUUAUUGUUAACAGUCAACUUCUUCACUCAGAACAAAUGACAGCUCUGAUAUGACUGAAAUAUCGUGAGAGGAAUUCAGAGAAAUGGACAAACAAAUUAGACCACCAUUCAGACUUUAACAUUUUGAGGGACCUGGAAACACAAGGUAAUGCAAACAACUGGGAAAUAGGCAAAGACGGAACAAAAUCAUGAUAUUAUGUUUUGACUAGCAUAGUUCAACAUUGAAGACUUAAUGGCUUAUUGUCUAUCUUUGUAAAUUCAUUUUCAGCCAGCACCGACUUGAUUCAAGGUAUAUAUCUCAAGAAGGAUGACCCAAAUAUUAUAGCACUAAUGCAACAAGCAGAAAUACUCAGUUCACUCGCACUCAAAUUUGGUGCAGAGAACAAAGAUCAGAGUAUUGAUAAUGCGGGAGGCAAUGGCAUUGAUCUGUUAUUACGUUUUAUAAUAUUAUAUUUUUUUUAAAUUUUCACGUUAGGAGUGUGAAUUUGGAUGAUUUCUUCAAGCUCUCCUAUCAUCUCGAUUGAGCCAUGCUCCAGUUUUUGUAGCAUGUGUCUCUUUUUUUCAUGCUAUUUUAUUUUUUUAUACAUAAUAUUUUUUUUCAUGCUAGCAUUUAGCUUUAAACUAAACUGCUCCGACUCAUGCUCAAUGCAGGGCAUCACAUUUCUAAAAGUUUCUCCAAGUAGCCCCGAGUAUAGUACUGGAUCAACACUUUUGACCCAUUUAACAGUCGAUAAACCAGACUGUAUUGCAGCUGAUGCAUCUGAUGCGUAUCAUGUGAUUGUGCAGUAGUUACUAAGUUUUAGGAUCUGAUCUUCUUUAAAAUGGAAAUUCAUGUUUAAGUUGUGUUUCAAUGUAUUGUGUGCAUCUUUUAUGAUUGAUUUGUGUUGGUAUGUUGCCACUUGCAA